AAAGAAAUCAAGAGAUUAAUACAUUACAAUUUGCCAAAAAUUUUUAUAUACAAGAAUAUAAAUAAAUGUAGCUCAUUAAAUGCAAGAUCUCAAUUUAAUUUCUCCACGCAAUAUAGUGCUUCUACAUUACACACAUAUGAAGAACAUAAUGAAGAAAAAGAAUGUGAUGAUAUACAAUUAGAAAAGAAUGUAAAGAAUUCACCUAUUAAGAACACUUGUAUGAAUUCAUCAAUUGAACAAAUGGCUGUUAAUAAUAUUGAUAAUGAAAGGUCUAAUAAAAAUAUAUUUGCUUAUCAUAACAGUGUGUUGAAUGAACUUAUUCAUUUAAGAGAUAGUAAAAAUAGGGAUGAAGAAAAAAUAAAAUUAUUAAUGCCACAUAUUUUAAAAAAUAUACAUUCUUAUAAUAUAUAUCAAAUAACUGAAAUUUUAAAUUGCCUUCACUUUUUUAAUAUAAUUAUUGUAAAAAGGGAAGAUCUAAAUAGGUUAAUAAGUAGACUUAAAAUAUUAACAUUUAAUAUAAAAGAAAAGGAUCAUAUAUAUCCCUUAGUAUUAAAUUUAUUAAAACUUAACAUAAGUAAAGAUCAUAUGGAUGAACAUAUAAUUAUGAAUAUAAAUAAAUAUUUAAACGAUUUAUUAAGACAUUUAUUAUUAUGUGAUAAUAUUAAGGAUAUAUUAAAAUAUAUAUAUCAUAUAAGAGAAAUUCAAGUGAUAUAUGAAUAUGAUUUUUGUUUAUGGAUAAAUAAAAAAUAUAUAGAUAAAGAAAAUGUAUCAUUUUUACAAUCUUUUAAUACAUCCAUUAUAUUAAGAGAUAAAGAAUUAGAUUAUAUUUUUAUAAAUAAUAUAAAAAGUAUAUUAUAUGAAUUAAAUUUUAAUGUCCAUGAAAUUAAUAUAUAUAAUUAUCUAAUACCUAUAUUUCUAAAAGAGUUUAAUGUAAUUGUAGAAUGUAUAUCUGACUAUAAUACUUUUCAAGGAACGUUAUUUAUUACUCCAUACUUUAUACAAAGAUAUAAAUUAUUUAAGAAAAUGAAUUUCAAAGUUUUAUUUUUAUAUAAACAACUAAUACCAGAAAAACAAGAAGAUAAAAUAAUAUACAUAAAAAAUUGUUUGUAUGAUAUUUUAAAAUGA